GCAAGUAGUGGAUGGAGUAAGAGUCUGCUGUCCUUUGAGCAACAAGUCAGCGCCCGAUCUCAGCGCCUGUGCAUCAAGUCCGCGCGCUGGUAGCGUGAAGGAGACCUGACCUGCCCCACUUGCAUCAUCAGCUCAUAAGCGUGCAGGCGUGAAGACCUACAUGUCUGUAUACUGUCCUCAAGUCUACUGCUCAGUGUUUGUGCCGUGCCGUGAAAUGACCGAAGUGAUGAUCAGCGGUACUCAGAUGGAGGACAUGCGGCUCAGCCCCAGCAAAGACUGCCUGCCCUUCCAGAUCUUUCCGGAUCCUUCGGAUUUCGAGCGCUGCUGCAAACUGAAGGACCGCCUGCCGUCCAUCGUGGUGGAGCCCACGGACGGAGAGGUGGAGAGCGGAGAGCUGCGCUGGCCUCCGGAGGAGUUCAUCGUCAGCGAGGAGGACGAGGAUGAGGAUGAAGAGGAAGAGGAAGAGAGCAAUGGGAAGGCACAGAUGGGACAAGUGCAAAAUUCUCAGCACUAGAAAGGACUGAAGUGACUUUUUUUUCCUCACACAAAUACACACACAUCCUGGUUUGUAUUCAUCUGAAAUCUCAAAGGAUCAUUUCAAAAGUCCUGGUUUUCUCCCUUUCCACCCUGAUCUAAAACCUGGUGCUAAAUUGAAGGACAAACGAGCGCUCCUACUUUGAGAUGAUAUAUGAAUAUGGCCCAUUUGCUCACUAAACAUGACAAAACCCACAUUGCAUGUUUCCUCAGAACCUCAAUAUGUACCCCCUGAUCCCCCGUUGUUUACAUACUGACAAACCUUCUUGUUCGUCUUUGUUCUCAACUCAUAAAUACAUGUACAGCUCUGCAUAUGCAUAUAAGUGACUGAGGAGGCCUUUGGUUCCUGAUCUUUUGUAGACUUUUCUGUCCAGUCCUGUCAUUUGUUGGCCACUCAGAACCAUCAGAGAAACCAAGAAAGCCAUGUUUGGCCCACCUGCGAUUCAAUGGAUUCAUUGGAACCAGUGUGUCUUUUUUCUUUCUUUCUUUUUUUUCUUUUCUUCAUUGGUUGAAGUGUUAUGAUGCUGGCUAGAUUGGGUCUAGCAUUGAUGGCCUGUGGAAUGUGAUGAAUUUCAGACAAGCAAAAGAAAGUAUGAGUGCUGGAAAGAUGAGCACUGGUGGGAUCGCUCAAUCUGAGUUUGCAUCACUUGAAAGCCAAUCGGAGUGUUUAUAGGGGGCAUAUUUGCAUAGGCAUGCUUAGAAUCGAAGCUGUAGAUCGUGUUGGAUCAGUCAUUUCAGUCAUUUUACUUGGUCUGGGUUAGCCUAGCCUGGGCCAGACAUGAUCUCAUGAUGAGAAUUACGCAUCUGGGGACAACUUGUUAAAAUUUUGGUGUGACAAAAUCUGCCGCAAAGAAGGGUACACCCACUCUGACACAUCAGGCUCUUUUUGAUGUCCUUUCAAUCAAUACAUGCAAAACCAGCUAGCUGGGAAAUGCAAUUGGUGGCCAAUGGAACCACUUUGUCUUGCCUAUAAUGUAUUGUUUGCACACACAUCACAUCUCUUAUACUAUAAUUGUUUAUGGGGGACUUUUUAGCCUUGCAAGCUUGCAUUACUGUCAUGGACUAACGGCAGGCUUGGUGUUGGGCAGUGGUGCACUGGUCAACACUGGUCAACACUGUCCAACACUUCGAUAUCCACCUUCACGUGGUGUUUUAAUUGGUUUAGAACCCACAUUUGGUUUAGAACACACAUCUCCUGGUUGUCCCCAGAUGCUAUUCCAUUCGUAUUCUCGCUAUCCUUUUUCCUUUCUUUGGAACUAUUUCACUCUCCAUCUAAUACUGUAUGUAAAUAGUAUUUGUAUGCAGACAUAAUCUAUUUCACUGUGAAUAUCCACAAAUUAUCGUGUGUCUUUGUACAUACCAGUUUUCUUGUCCGGUAGCGGUUGAGUGGCGGUUCAAUUAGACACAUGGAGGUAAAUAAUAAAAUUAAUGCCAUUUUUUUCAUCAAAACGCUUCCUUUUCUCUACAGUCAUUUCUUUAUGGGAGGUGAUUCUGAGACAUUAGCCGACCUGUAUUUCUCCAGACAUUGAUUUGAGUCUUCCUGCUUCCACUGGGGUGUCAGGAGGGGGUUAUUUUAUGCACACUGAGAACCUACCUGGCCCGGCCUUUCUUUUUUUCCUCAAGCCAUCCUAAUCCCUCAGUGGAAAGGUCCUGAAGGGUCACCUUGGCACUGAGAGCACCUUGUAUAUUGACACAUUGAGACGGGACAUCUAGCCUUUUUUUUGCAUUUUUGUUUCUUUUUGUUUUUGUUUUUUUGUUUUUCUACGUCCUGACUGUAUAGAGGCUUUCAUGUAAGUCAUCCGUCUGUGUACGUGGGGGUGUAUGUGUUUUAAGGUUGAGGGUCUCCUCUCCUUUGUGUGAACCACCUGUAGAUUUGUUCGCUCUGUAUUUGUGUACAGCUCAGGGAGAAUAGCUGCCAUUUUUUUUUUCUUUUUGUUCUGUUUUCUUUUGAUCUUGGUCUUGAUUUUUCUCUUGUUACCACUUUUCUCUGUAACAGACAGAGGUUGUAAAUAAACAUUUUGAACGUAAUUUACAAA